AUGGUGCAAUUUACCUCUGCUCUCGCCCUUGGCUUGAUGGGUCUUGUCAGCGUUGCUUCUGCUCAUCCGGGCCACGAUGUCAAGGCCGAAGCUGCUGAGCGUUCCGCCUUCCUGAAGGACUCCAAUCUUCAAUCCCGAAGCCUUGCGCAAUGUGCAUCAAUGCUCAAGGCACGUGGUCUUGAGAGCAGAAAUGUUGCUCGUCGUGAACUUGCCGUGAAACAAAUCCGCAACCGACGUGGCAUAAAUGACAGUCGUCGCUUCCUGAAGGCGCGUGACUUGGAUGCCGAGCUGAAUACUUCUCAUCAUUCCAACUUAACCAGUGUAGACCAGUCGACUGAUCCGAGUAUUCUGUUUGGCUCCGAAUCUACCUGUAUCUUGGGUCCUGACGUUACCCAGGGGCCUUAUUAUGUCACUGGUGAAUUGAUUCGUGAGGAUAUCGUCGAAUCGCAGACUGGUGUUCCUCUUUAUAUGGACAUUCAGAUCAUCGAUACCAAUACCUGCAACCCUUUGCCGAAUAUCUAUACAGAUAUCUGGCACUGCAAUGCUACUGGUGUCUACUCCGGUGUUCAAGCGAGCGGAAAUGGUGAUGAAUCCGAUGCGACGAACCUAGAUGCCACUUUCCUCCGCGGCAUUCAACCUAGCAACGAUGAGGGAGUUGUGCAGUUCGAGUCUAUCUUCCCUGGUCACUACACUGGACGUGCCACUCAUAUCCACGGUACGGGAUUCCCAAGCAAUCAUUCCUUUCAAGACACUAACAAGACUCUCAUGAUAGUUCUCACACACGCAGUCAACGAAACAACGGUCCUAUCGAAUGACACUAUUACCGGUCUCUAUACAGCCCAUUCUUCGCACGUCGGUCAACUCUUCUUCGACCAAGAUCUCAUCUCUACCGUUGAAGAUACAUCACCAUACUCUACCAAUACUCAAGACCUGACUACCAACGCUGAUGAUAGCAUCCUUGCGGAAGAGGCAGACACUAUUGAUCCCUUCAUGGAGUACGUCUUCCUGGGCGAUAACGUGUCAGACGGUGUGUUUGCUUGGAUUACUGUUGGAAUCGAUGCGACCGAGGAUAGUGAUAUUACGCCUGCGGCUUACUAUACUGAGAAUGGUGGUGUUGAGAAUGAGGAUUCUGGCAUGAAUAUGGGUGGUUCCCCGCCUGGGUCCUCAGCCACCAGGGCUGCUGCUAGCGGUAGCACAUCCAGUGCUUGA